AUCCACUACGAGGCCUCCGUUGUUUGACAGAACGAAUUACAUGUAUUGGAAGGAGUGGGUGAGGAUUUACAUCCAAUCCACCAACUUUCUCCUAUGGAGAAUCAUCAAGAAGGGCGAAGAAGUGCCUAUGAAGAAGGUCGGGGAAACCACCGUCCCUAAAAUUGAGGAUGAGAAUGAUGCACAGGAUAUCAUGAAGAUCGAGAACAACGCAAAAGCCAUCAACAUCCUCUAUUGUGCCGUGAACCCAGAUGACUACCAGAAGAUUUCUUGUUGUUCCACUGCCACGGAUAUGUGGGACAAGCUUGAAAUCACCUAUGCAGGUACGGAUCAAGUCCGAGAAGCUAAAAUAGAUUUUCUAACCCAUGAAUAUGAAUUGUUUCCUAUGAAGGAGAAUGAGAAAAUCGAUGAGAUGUUUGAACGAUUUUCAAAAAACAUCAAUGACCUUAUCGCUCUCAAAAAGACGUACACAGACAAGGAGCUUGUGAGAAAAAUCAUGCGGAGUCUCACACCGGAAUGGCGCUCCAAAGCCGAUGCCAUCCAAGAGUCCAUCAGCAUCACCAACGUCACCAUCGACGGACUUAGAGGUAAACUAAAAACAUAUGAGUCUACCAUUCUUUUCCCCUCUGUAGGUGAACAAAAAAAGAAGGAGAUCGCACUCAAGGCUUCCACAAGCCAAGAACCCGCCAUGGAGGAAUCAAGCGGCGAAGACAAUGAGUUCGGGCUCGUUAUCGAGAAAUUCCACAAGUUCAUCGGAAGGAAUAUGAACGGAAGAACAAGAAGCUAGGAGGGCCACCCAAACGCUAUUGGUGUGGAGAAAUCGGCCAUAUCAAGCCGAAAUUCCCAAAUGCCAAGAACGAGAAGGAGAACAAGCCAUUCAAGAAGCACCAAGCUUACAUCUCUUGGGAGGCGACUCCAGCAACGAAUCUUUGGAUGGCGAAGAAAACGAAAGCUCCAACCUUUGUCUCAUGGCACACGAGGAACCGCCGGAGGAGGUAUGUACCACUUCUAAAGAUUCCUAAUCUUUUGAUCAUGUACAAGAAGCCUUUAAUGAACUUUACGAUGAGUA